AUGCCCGUGGCCAGACUGCUGCCCCGUGCGGCCGUCCGGGCGCUCCCCAGCUGCGGCUGCCGGGCUUCCGUCGUACCGCUGCGGCCCCAGAGCACCUCUCCCCGCCAGCUGCCCGCCGACGCCAGCUUCCACUCCGUCUCCUUCUCCGACUCCGAGCACCCCCGUGUGCUCAUCACAGGCGGUCUGGGCCAGCUCGGCGUGGGGCUCGCCAAGCUGUUGAGGAAGCGAUUUGGGAAGGACAACGUGAUCUUGUCUGACAUCCGAAAGCCACCUGACCAUGUCUUCUCCAGCGGUCCAUUCAUCUAUUCUGACAUCUUGGACUACAAGAACCUGCGGGAGAUCGUGGUCAACAAUCGCAUCACGUGGCUCAUCCACUACAGCGCCCUGCUCAGCGCCGUCGGAGAGGCCAACGUGCCCCUGGCCAGGGCCGUGAACAUCACCGGCCUGCACAACAUCCUGGACAUCGCGGCGGAGCACAGCCUGCGACUCUUCGUGCCCAGCACCAUCGGCGCCUUCGGCCCCACGUCUCCCCGGAACCCCACCCCCGAUCUCUGCAUCCAGCGACCGCGCACGAUCUACGGCGUGUCCAAGGUCCACGCUGAGCUCAUGGGAGAAUACUACCACUAUCGGUACGGGUUAGACUUCCGCUGCCUGAGGUACCCCGGCAUCAUCUCGGCCGACUCCCAGCCCGGCGGGGGCACGACCGACUACGCGGUGCAGAUCUUCCACGACGCCAUCAAGAGCGGCAAGUUCCAGUGCAACCUGCGUCCCGACACCCGCCUCCCCAUGAUGUACCUGGACGACUGCCUCAAGGCCACGCUGGACGUCAUGGAGGCCCCGGCCGAGGCGCUGACCAUGCGGACGUACAACAUCAACGCCCUGAGCUUCACCCCCGAGGAGCUGGCCCAGGAGGUGCUCAAGCACAUGCCCGAGCUGCAGGUCACGUACAACGUGGAUAGCGUCCGGCAGGCCAUAGCCGACAGCUGGCCGAUGAACUUCGACGACAGCAACGCGCGGAGGGAUUGGGGGUGGAAACACGACUUCGACCUUCCCGAGAUGGUGACCGCCAUGUUCAACUUCCUCAGCUCGGAGGCCAGGGCGGCCCGAGCCAAUUGACCCCCAUCCGUGCAGGCCCCGGCCCGGGGGGGUCCGGGUGCCGAGGACGCCGGGUUCCCGAGGGGACGGACCGCACCGCGACCGUUCCAGCAUGUAACUGAUCUGGGGCUGAGCCCCGAGAAGGAUGGAUCUCUCCACGAUUUGGCGACACGGGCUAAGACGGGGGCCCCUUCCCUUUCUGUCCGAUAUGAUCCCCCACCCCCUCCCUUCCACCCCAAUCCAAACACUUAGGUUUUCCAAAUGUACUGUCUGAUUUUUUUUUCCAACAUCUCCCCAAAUUUUGAAUUGAUCAUCCAGGGGUCCUUCCUACAACCCCCGCCUCUGCCGCCCUGCUCUGAGCCCUCAAGUCCCAGCCGGUUGGGAUUCAUCCUGGGAGUCGCCUUUGUGAACCGGGUUCGAGGUGAGGGGAACCUCCCCCUGAACUCUGCCCUGGCUCGGAAACAGGAUCCGCCUGUUCCUUCGCUUGCCAACAGCUCCCAGGCCUAUGGACCCGCUAGCAAAAGUCCCAACGUUUACUUAGAAAUGUCCUGUGUUGUCCCCCUCCCCGAGUUUCCAAACCCUUCCGUGGCCAUAAUCAACCCCAUAAAUUACUGGGGUCGGUGGGGGGACAACUGGCAGAACAAAACCAAAAGCAGACUCCCCUCAACUCUCCACUUCCAGCCCAGAAAUGGGCGCAGAAGACCCCCUGGCUCCAGUGAAGUGAGAAAGCUAUCGGGCACACAUAAAGCAGAAAAUCCAACCGGGGAAGGGGCGGCUGAACUCCUCAGAAUUUGCCCUGGGGACACCUCUGACCUCAGGGUCCUGCCCUACCCCCAUGGAAGGCCGCCUACCUGCCCAAAAGAAGAGAGUCAGGCCCCAGGAGGCUAGAAAGGUGCUGGUUCAUGCUGGGGGGCUCGUCGGGGGCUCUUCCUCCGGCGGUUGCAAGAACAGUCCGGACAAGUGGUGGGUUAGGAGAGUCAUUCUUCCCCCCACGGUGGAAACAGGAGCUCUCACAGGCUUUAAAGUCAAAUCCGCGGAGCAGAGGUCGGGCCAGGGAGCACCACAUCCGUCUCGGGGAGUGUUUGUCAUAACGUGCGGCCACCGACGCCAUAGUCUCUGAACAGCUACGCGGUAACCUGAAACAGACAGUAAGAAUGAGCCCUUCCAGGCGGCAGGCUCUGAUCGGCUUCCCCGGCCUUCCCUUCCAGCCACGGCUGAAGUGGUUCGGCAUGGACCGCGGUCGGAGAACAGCCUAGGAAAGGGAAAGAGCUGGGGCCGGGGGGGUCUCCAGGAGGAGGAGAGCAGCGGCAAUGACAUCUGCUGACCCCCCUGGAGGGAGUGUAGAAGAGGAGUGGGAGACGCCCCCGCCUCCAGGGCCUUCGGCAAAUUUCCACUCCAGUCACUGGGAUGCUGGCUUUGGGUCUGUUGUCCUGAGAGGAAAGCCACCGCCUCUCCAGCGCUGCGGAUGUCCGGCGUCUGGCUCGACUCGGGGUUGAAGCUUGUCUCGGUUCCUGCACAAAACAAGAACAAAUGAUAUCAUCCUCCUUUAAACCUGCCGGCCUACACUUUAGGGUUCUUGGAGAAUGAGUUUGAAUGAGGGAGGGAACUGUAAGCUGGGUGGUAACCUCAAAUAGUGGAAUCUAGUUUUUCGCUAUCCUCUAUCCACCCUACCCUUUAUUAUUUUUAUUUUUUAUGAGGGACAGACUCUUUUCAAACCAACUCUUACUUUUUUGGGUUGAAAAGCGGCUAAGCGUGUAGAGGUACCGAGGGGGAGUGGGGUUGUUUAUUCACAUUUCACCUUCUCUAUUUUAGUUUUUCUGAAUGUUUGGGAGGUUUUGGAGACUGGUAAGGUAACUCCCCUGCUUCAAGGGGAGGAAGCGGGGGAGAAAACCGGCCCGCAACAGCCUGGAAUCCUCGGUUCCGGGGGCUCCAAUCAGCGAGGACAGGUGGGGAGAAGAUAGAGAUUUUAAUAUUUUUAAGAAUUCUGUACGGGAUGGAAGUGGACUUUAAUAAAAGACCAGAAUGGA